AUGGUGUCGGGCUCGCAGCCGGAGCCGUGCCCCGGAGACGCGGGCGACCACCUCAUGCUGCGGUUCCUCAAGAACAAGCUCGACUACUGCCGCCUCCACGGGAUCGAGCUGCUGUACAACAGGGAGUUCCUGCACCCGGCCAUGCGGGGCUACUGGGCCAAGAUCCCCAUCGUGCGCGCCGCCAUGCUCGCCCACCCGGAGGCGGAGUGGGUCUGGUGGGUGGACUCCAACGCCGUCUUCACCGACAUGGACUUCUCCCUCCCGCUCGCCAAGUACGCCGGCCGCAACUUCGUCGUGUACGGCUGGCCCAACAAGUUCUUCGUGAGGAAGUCGUGGCUGGGGCUCAAGGCCGGCGUGUUCCUCAUCCGCAACUGCCAGUGGUCGCUCGACUUCAUGGACGAGUGGGCGCGCAUGGGCCCCGCGUACCCGGAAGAGCACGCCCGGUGGGGGAAGGUGUUCAGGGACACGCUAAGCGACAAGGACUCCGACGUGGCGUGCGACCAGUCCGCGCUCGUCUACCUGCUCCUCAACGGCUGGGCGAGGCUGGGGAAGAAGACCUUCAUCGAGACGGAGUACUUCUUCCAGGGCUACUGGAAGGAGGUCGUGGACCGCCUCGACGGCGUCGCUGCGCGGUACGAGGCCGUCGAGCGGCGCACACCCACGCCGGGGCUCCGGCGGCGGCACGCGGAGCGGGAGCACCUGCGGUACGCGGCGGCCCGGAACGCGGCCGUGAGUGGCGUCGUCCCGGGGCCCGCCAGUGGCGGGGAGAAGGGGUGGCGGCGGCCGCUCAUCACGCACUUCGUGGGCUGCCAGCCCUGCAGCGGCGGUCGGAACCCGAUGUACUCCAGGGAGAGCUGCUACGACGGGAUGCGCCGCGCGCUGGCGUUCGCGGACGACCAGGUGCUCCGCGCGUACGGGUUCCGCCACGCCGCCCCGCUCAACGACAGCGUGCGGGUGCUGCCGUUCGACUAG